GUUUGGUUAAACCCUUUUCCAUAUUCCCCCCCUCCUUCUACUCUUCCCCUGUAUUCCCUAACCCUGUCUUCAUCCCUCCCAACGCGAUGUCCGACGAGCACGACAACCUCGCCCCUGUAGCUCCUUUGAGGGGAGAAACUCGGGCUUCAGUGGCCGGUACGCCUGCGAUUACUUCCACUGCUGAUUCAAUGGAGGGUGUAGUUGUUGAGACCUCGAGUUUUGAUAAUAAUGGAGAUGGGGUUGUGGACCCUUUGUUCGAGGAGCAACCAGGCGAGGGCGAGAGCACUGACUUAAUCGUCAUAAAGGACGGAGACGACGGUGACGAGGGUGAAGAACACGAUGGUAAUGGGGUCCUAGCGAGAAUUAAGAGACAAACAUACGCAGAUUUCCUCUCAACUCCAUCCGUAACCAUCAAUAUCGGGGACAUCGAAAACGGCGGUUCCGUACUAUCAGCCCACCAAGCCUUCCUCUUGCGAAGCCCUUACCUGACCGAAGUCUGUUCCUCCUAUACCCAUGACACCCCUGCUUCCGAGCGCGUGGUCAACCUCCCCGACGAGGAUCUCGACGCAGUUGGGUGCUUUCUACAGUACCUUUACACAGACGAGUAUUCCCCACGCCUCGUCCCGAACCCGCAAAGACCGGAUGAUACAAUCCUCGAGGCUCUAGAUCCAGACCUAGGCGUGCAGAAAGACCUCGAUGGCAGCCACUUGCUCAAGCAUGCCAAGAUCUACACACUCGCUGAGAAACUCGGAAUGGAUGAAUUGAAAACUCUAGCUCACGCUAAAAUCCACAAGAUCAAUUCUACGGCGAAGGGAGAAUUGGAAUACGCAAGAUUCGUAUAUGCCAAUACCCCCCGCGAAGACAAGACUAUUCGGACGCCGAUCGCUACCUAUUGGGCUCACAAGAGUCAUGUCCUCCGCCACGAAGCUGAAGACGAAUUCCGUGGCAUGAUACUCGAGUUCCCGCAAUUCGCUUACGAUAUGCUAUCCAUUGUUCUAGACCAGAAGGAGAAGAAGAACGUUCAUAGGGAUGAACGCGAGGGGACGGAAAUCAUGGCGCCGCCGGGAACCGCUGAGAAGACGAGAGGAUCCGCAAGGAAACGACCGAGGACUUCGAGUGUUAUUUAAUUUGGCGGGGUCUGCCACCCGAGGGGUGAGAAGGCAAUGUAUUAUCAAAGCGUUCUUUCUUUUUUUCUUUUUUUCUUUCCUUAUUCUGUAUUCUUCCUUGAAGGGGGUUGAAGAAAAGCUAGCAGCAUGUGAAGGAAGGAAGAAGAAAAGAGGGUCUUAACCUCGUUAGUCUUUUUUUGUACCGCCUUUUUUUUUAGGAGCUUAUUUCCUUCGUCCCAACCUGGAGAUGGGGGUUUGUCGUUGCUGACCAUAGCAUUCCCUAUGCUAUCUUUUCCCCCCUUGCUCCCUCGCUCGACCGAGCCAAUGACUCGUUCCGGUCUAACUUAUAACUACUCAUGUUUGCUAUCACCUUUUUUGUCUCCUCUUUGUCUGUCCAUCUAUUGCAAGGUCUCUGCGCUAGUAGGUUUGUUAUCUUAUCUGACAAUUCAUAUUUUUUUCGUUCGACGCCAGCAAAAAAAAA